UGUACCAUACUGCGUGUCGAUCUUUGUGAGUUUCCCGCAGGAACGCUGUGAGUGCAUGGGACAAACGUAAGGACUCAUUCAAGGUCAUGUUUACGCCAACAUCACACCACUGCCGUCUACCACCACCCCUCAAAACAACUUACAACCGACUAAACCAUUCUUUAAUAUACGCAAUAUACCUCGAACGAAAGUAGACUACACAAAUUUCAUAAGAACAAGUAACAACGCCGAAGGUUAAACAGCAGUGAACGCGCACACUAGUUGCAUACGUACAUACCCCCGCGGACUUGAAUAUAAUUAUUUUAACAGUUUUGUUUUUAUUAGGUACCAGCCUAUUAUACUCUUCAAUUUUUGUUUUCACCGUCAUUUGAUCACAGACAAUAAUAGUAAAAACAUUCAAAGAGUACUUGAAGGUUGUAUUGAUAUAAUUGUACCUAUCAUAUUAUUAUAAUGGAGUUCAACUACCACGACGAGGUGCAGAAGACCGACCGUGACGCGCCGCCAACGGCCGAGGGACGCGUGGAUGUCGGCGAUACAUCGGCGUAUAAACCAAGAUUUGGACGGCACGACGCUCACAAACGUCAAAAUACCAUGGGUGAAAUUGUACAAAGUGGUACUGAAACUUCGAAGUUUAAAUACAAUCACGACAAUGAUUUCGUUGAUAGCCGGUUCAAAGAAUUGAUCCCACAUCCUGAAGUUGUUGGUGAACUUCAAACUGAUAGGUAUGGGAAUUCUGUAAAACGGGAUCUCAAAUUCCAUCACAGCACUCUAUGGUAAUAACUAAUAAAUACACAAUAUAGAAAUAAUCAACAGCUUAUAUUUAAUAAUUUUAAUCACUUUCACGUAAUCCAUAUUGUUUUAAAAAUAAUAUAUAAAUACAAGUCUAAAAAUUAAUAUUAGAAGUAAAUGGUUAUUUUUGAGAGCUUAUUUGUAAUGAAUAACUAGUAGUUUCAUUACUAUAAUUUUUAUAAUUUGACAAAGCGUAGGUAUAGUUCACAGACUUAAGUGCGAACGACACAGUGUAAUUACGUCACCACGGUCCACGGCACUGCCAUGUAUAAAAACAUUGUUUGAAGCAAUUGUGGGUGGGUUACUAGUCAUUUUUUCGUAGUCGUAAAUUAUUUUGACAUAAUUUUACAUUAAUUGUAUUAUAUAUUUAGUAAAUGGCGGUAACCCACCCAGUAAAACAAGUAGGUACCUUAUUGAAUACUUGGGUGUUUAAACAUUUUCACAAGUUCACAUAAUCUUUUGUACAAAGUACAUAGGUAAUAUAUUACCGGUACCUACUUUAUAUUUUAUUUUCCAA